AUGACACAACCUACUUCAAAGAAGCAAAAAGUUGCCCACUCUAAGAAAACUUGGAUCAUUAACGCUGCUGGAAAUGCUUCAGCUGGAAAAUGGAGACACCCACAAGAUAGAUCCAGUGAAUUGGGUUAUAGUAUUGAUGCGUGGAUUGAGUAUGCCAAAAUAGCUGAGCGUGGGAAAUUGAAUGCGAUUUUUGCUGCUGACCACCUUGCUUUAUUUGAUAAUUACAAAGGUCCAAAUAAUUAUCAGCUCCCUGCAAAAGAAGGUUUUGCUAUUGCCAGGAUUGACCCAUUCUCUUUGGUUUCUGCAUUGGCUACACAUACAAAGAAUAUUGGAUUUGGUAUCACUGCUAGUACUGUGAGUGAACAUCCGUAUCAUUUUGCAAGAAGAUUAGCUACUGCCGACAAUUUAUCUAAGGGAAGAGUUGGUUGGAAUAUUGUUUCAAGUUAUUUGAGUGGUGUUGGGAGACAAUUGUUAAAUGGUGAAUUACCUGAUCAUGAUGAGAGAUAUGUCAAAACAACAGAGUAUCUAGAUGUUGUUUAUGAUUUGCUAUUGUCUUCUUGGAGGGAUGGCUCAUUCGUUAAUGAUCCUAAACGUGGUGUUUAUGUUGAGCCGGAUGGUAUUAGAGAAAUCAAUCACACUGGUAAAUAUUUCAAUGUCCCUGGCCCUGCAAAUUUCCACUACACUCCACAAAGAUUCCCAUUGAUCAUUCAAGCUGGUAGCUCAUCUAAAGGUAUUGAAUUUGCAGCUGAAAACGCCGAAGUUGUGUUUCUCAAUAGUCAUGAUCCUAACAUAAUUGCCAAAUCUGUUGCAAAUGUGAAAAAAUUGGCUAAAGAGAAAUACGGAAGAGAUCCUAAUCAUUUGAAAUGUUUAGUUCCUGCUAAUGUUAUUUUGGGUAAAACUAAUGAGGAAGCUAUUGAGAAAUUAAAGCUGUAUGAAAAAUACACCAAUGAGGAUGCUCAACAGGCUUCAUUUAGCUCGGUAACUGGUAUUGAUCUAAGUAAAUUUGAACUUGAUGAUGUUGUCACUAUAGAUAAAAAAUCAAAUGCUAUGCGCUCUGCAACUGACAGUUUAUUGAACAAAGGUCAAAAGUUGCACACAAAACGUGAGAUUUUGAAAACAUAUAAUCAGUACGGGCUAUUUGGAAAAGCUUUUGCUGGUACUGCAAAAGAAGUUGCUGAUCAAUUAGAACAAUGGGUUAAUGAUUAUGAUAUUGAUGGGUUCAAUUUUGGGUUUGGUGCGGUGUUUCCUCAAUUUUUGGAGGAUAUUGUUGACUUAUUGAUUCCUGAAUUACAAGAAAGAGGUGUGUUUUGGAAAGAUUAUCCAGUUAAUGGUGGAACCUUUAGAGAAAAUGUCUUUGGUGUUAAAGGUCAAAACUUCCUACAUGAGGAUCAUCCAGCUUAUAAGCUGAGAUGGGAGGCAGGUAUUUCUAAAGAGCAGUUUGAAAAAAAUCUAGAGGAGUAUCAAAAGAUCAGACUGGGUAGAAGAGAAGAAUAG